UUUGAGAAAUGAGAACCACUGACUGUCCACUGUACAGUUCUGUUGUUAAAACUACUUAUAAGUCCAAUGUUAUCUUGAUAAGCUUUUAUUUGGGAAUAAAUAGUAAAUACUAAUAGAAAAUAUUUCCUUACAUAGAAUUUUGACUUUUAAUCACAGUAAUUUUAAAUUAUAGUCGUUUCGACUAUAAGUAGUCGAAAUUUAGAACACUGUGAUACUUUUUGGUACCAAAUUUAAGAUUGACGUGCAAAAGAACUCAUUAUGUGGACAACAGUUUGGCUCCAUCAACAAAAUUAUGUCUUAUCCCUCGUUAGGUUGUUGGCGACAUGAUUGAUUUCCUGCUGAAUUUUAAUAUGGGAUGGAUUCGCCAACAUCUGAUGUGCUUUUGCUCAGUGAAGACGACAGCGGUCUUUUGGUCAAUGGUUCGUUUUCAAACAGUUCUGCCAGUAGCAGUUCUAACAAACAUUCACCGCAAUUUAAAUGUAAAGAAUGUGAUGAUGAGUUAUCAUUAAGUCAAGAGGAUUCUCUAAUUGACGAUUCUGACACAUCAUAUACACAACAGUAUAAUACAUUGAAGAAAUGUCCUAAUGUUCAAAAAUCAGAGAAUCCAAUUCAGCCUCCUGUUGAAUUUCAAGACCAUACAAAUUCUAUUAAUGUUUACUCUCCUCCAUUUGAAUUUAAAGACAAUCAAUGUAAACAUAUUCAAUCUCCUGUCUACACCAAUGAAUGUAUGAUUCGUGUUGAAAAAUAUGCAGAAGGUUUUAUAAAGUCGUUGAUCAUUGACUCGCUGAAACACUUAGAUCCAUUGCAUGAUACUAGGCACAUUAAACAACAAAAACUGUAUCAUAAUUUAGGUAUUUAUUGGAAAACUAAUUAUCGUUUACCAAAUGGAUCAAAUAAUUCUUUGUUAUCAACUAUUUCAUCGUCUCAUAACUCCUUAUUUAAUGUAGUUUCUUCGGAUGAUUCAAAUUUUAUAUCUUCUGCUGUUUCACAUGAUGCUCUUAAUAGCGAUACAUAUACAUUACCAAUUGAUAGUUCCCCAUUUAAUGUCGCUUUUCGACGACCGUUGAGAAAAAAAAGAAAAUUUCGUGAUCAGUGCCAUUCCAUACCAGUUAGUAAAAAAUCAGGCGAAAAAUGUGUCGAUGUUCAAGAGCCCAUACACAUGACUGUAAAAGAUGUACGAACAAUUCUUCACAAUAUUUAUAGUAAUACAGAAGAGUGUAGCAAACCUGAAGUUGCAAAUGUAUCAAAAUGCAAUGAUGUACAAAACGAUCACAACAAAGAGAACUGUGUUAGCAAAAUAUCAUCGUCUAAAUGCAAAAUCAGAAAAAAAUCAUUUAUGGUGAAUAUUAAACAUAAAAAAGCUAAAGACAAUAGCACAGCAGAAGAUAUUGGUGGUCAUAGCUCUAGUCAUUCAACAAGAAAAAUCUUUUGUUCAUCUCCAUUUAUUUCAUCGACAAAAUCCAACUUUUCUUUUAGUUUAAAACAAACAUUUUGUAAUAUUUUUCGUUCACGUAAAAGUACAUCAACAGACUUGGACCCGGAAUUAAACCCAACAGAUACUGUCGUUCUUUUAGAUGUAACUAAGGAGGCAACGUUUGAAAAUCGUGCACUUCCACCUGUACCUGAUGAUGGGCCCAGAGAUACAUAUGAACGUGAAACUAGUAUGGAUUUUGCAACUAGCAUUGAAAAAGUGAAAGAUUAUGGAUGGUAUUGGGGUCCAACAUCGGGAGAAGUUGCAGAAAAAAUACUGUCAAAUGAACCCGAUGGAUCGUUUAUUGUACGUGACAGUAGUGAUGAUCAUUAUAUAUUUUCAUUGACAUUUAAACUGAAUGGUUUUGUUCGGCAUGUUAGAAUUGAGCAUGAUCAAGGAAAUUUUAGUUUUGGUAGUUGUACAAAAUUUAAAAGUCAUACAAUUGUUGAAUUUGUUGAAAACGCAGUAGAACAUUCUCGUAGUGGAAGGUAUUUGUUCUUUUUGCAUAGACGUCCAAUUCUCGGACCAAUGAGAGUUCAGUUACUUCAUCCUGUUUCUCGCUUCAAACAAGUCCAAAGCUUACAACACAUGGCCAGGUUUGUCAUUUUGAAGAUGGUACGACGAGAUUUGAUCCACAAAUUGCCAUUACCCAGACGACUGAUUGAUUAUUUAAAUACACCUCAUUAUUAUUGUGAACAACUAGGUAGCUCUGACAGUAGCCAAUCAUCAACUCCUACUCCAGCUGUACAUUUAAUAUCAUUUACACCACCUUAAAUUUAUCAAUUUAUCAUUAGAAAUUUAUAUUAUUGGUAAAAAAAAAUAUAAAUAUAUUGUCCAAUA